CUCUGCUUGCGCGCGUUAGGCUUUGUGACGCUGUUCUUCCUGUGAGGUUGAGCUACGGUUUGAGAUGUUCAGAUAAAAUCAGCUAUAGUGCUGGACGUGUUAUGACUGCCAGUAGUCUCCAUUUGCAUCGUUUCUUCUGCUUGGUAUCAAUAUCAAUUGCUAUGGAUAGUACAAGUGAAUUGCCCUGUGAAAAUGAAGCUUGUAGAAGCACAUUGCAGACAAACAAUGUCCCGUCUCCUUCAAGUUGCUCGGCUGUGGUGCUCUAUGUUGACCACAUGCAUUUACCUUUUGAACAGAGGGAACGUCAGUUUGUAUUCUGUGGUCACACAUUUAUGAUUAAUCAAAUGUGGAGAGAGUCAGGAGUUUCAGCAGUUGUGUGGAAUGCGUCUAUUUUUCUGUCUGAAUGGAUGGAAAAGAGUGACGUAGACUGGCAUAACAAAACAGUUCUAGAACUGGGAGCUGGCACUGGCUUAUCAGGAAUGGUUGCCAGUGCACUUGGUGCUCAGGUCACAGUGACCGAUCGUGCUGUAGCUCUCGAUCUCCUCCAGUCUAAUGUUGAUCAAAAUCGAGAAUUUCUACACGAGACUAUACAAGUGGUUGAGCUUGAUUGGGAGCAAAACCUGCAUGAAUUUGCAGCUGCCUCUCCUGCGUGGGAUGUCAUCAUUGGUGCAGAUAUUGUGUACAUAGAGGAAACGUUUGAUGCACUAUUGGCUACAUUGAGACAUCUUUCUAGAAAGACUACUGAUAUCUACUUGGCUUGCAAGAUUCGCUAUGAUCGAGAUAACAAGUUUUUGGAGUUGAUGAAGAACUACUUUAUGUGGAAGAAGAUUGCAUACUCGGAAGGUCAUGACAUAACUCUAGUACAUGCUAGACUUAAAGUCAACCAAGUGUAGAAUAUGGAAAUAUUUAGUAAUUCUAACAUAACAUGUCACUAUGAACCUCAAUGUUCCUGAGCAAUAUCUCAACCAGCUCCACUAACCAAAUAAACACAUUACAGUUGCAG